AUGGCCGGGCCUAGGCUGACAAACUUCAAUAAUGGCUUGGAGGCCAGUUCGGACUCGGACGACGAGGACAAGCUACACAUCGUGGAGGAGGACAGCCUGCUGGAGCCGGAGGCCCCGGACGCCGACGGGAGCGCGCUGCCGGACAGCCACGAUGCCGCCAUAGCAGUAUUACCCCACAACGGCUCCUGGAACGGAGUGCACUGGCACACCGUUUAUAGGAGGGUUUUCUACCAGAAACAGGACCCGCAGAAGCUGGUGACAGUCCGUAGUCAGAAGGUGGAGAAACGAGGAGAAACCUGA